AUGCUCGCUCCUCGCACACUCCGACUUUCCAGUCGCGUCCGGCCGUCGUUUCGUGUAGUUGGGACACGGAAUAUCUCCUCAAACCAGCACAAAGAUGCAGAUGGCCCAAUUUACCCGGAGGGCGCAUUCGCACAGGAUGCCUCAUUUUUUUCUGAUCUGGCGAGACGCUUCAUCAAGUUCUCUGCCAUUGGAACAUGUGCUCUUGCUGCGAUAGGUUGGGGCGUAUUUGAAGGUACUCAAAUGUGGGUCGAGCACGUUGAGUUUGCUUCAGAAAAGGAUCAGGACGCCCGGUCAUGGGAAUGGCACCUGGAACCAGAUAAUUGGGGGGAAACCGAUCCAGCAUUAGGAUACAAGGGGAGGCACUCAAUACGGGCAGCAUGGAUGGCAAUGAACUGGGGCAGUGGGCGGUCGGGGUCCCUCACAAACGAGGCUGCAAGCGGAACAGGUGGCUUUAGCGUGGUCAAUACAGACCUAGCGCGCGCGAAUGAAUUCCUCAACACUGCAGUUUCUAUCGCCGAGCCCAGGUCCGCUAGCAAUAUACUAAAACCGCAGACCAUGGCUACCCUUCUCGCACAGCACGGAUACGUGUUGGAACGAAUGAACGACGCGCUUCAAGCCAAGGCCCAAUACACUCGCAGCUGGGCCAGCGCUCCAGGGAAGGGCCAUCUCGCUACUUACGUCGCCGCCCGACUGGGCGAUAUCAAUCGUCGCUUAGGGCUCUCAAACGAUGCGUUGGCUUGGUGGGCGCGGGCGAUCUGCAUAAUGCAGCCCUCGGAACCGGCACUAGCCACCGAAACACCCAUCAUACCAACAACUGUACCGUCUUCGCCAUUUGAUCAACGUGUACUGGCCUCGAUUCUUGUUUCUUUAUCUGCGUUCUAUGCCACGUCUGGUCACUUACAAGAAGCUCAGGUAGUAGAGGAGGAUUCCCUGCGACUUAUGCGUUCCAUUCCUAUACCAGACACCCUCACAUCUGCAACACCUGCCCAGGCCCUUCAUUCACUUUUUAUACUUCACCGCGCAUCUUUAUUAUCCAUACACCUUGCGGAAGUGCUGCAUUCGCGCCAAAACACCUCACCCAUGGUACUCCAAUGGCUGAGCAAUGCUGCUGAAUCUUCGGAACGCGUUGCCCUCAUUCUCGCCGACGCUCCGAUGGAUAAUACGAAACACCGACCACCCCAGUUUAUUUCCUCCGACGCGAAGCCACCGACAGCCUACCUAUCAUCCAGAUCACUUCGGAGACCUGCAUCGAAUCUUCUCCGAGAUGCACGCCGCACUGCCGUUGAAGCUUGGAGCUUGAUGGGAAUCCUGACCGAAGAUUCGAACCCCAAAGAGGCGCUUCGAUACUACGAACGAGCUAUACUCUGCGCUGGAAAUAGCCUGGAUGACGCAAGACAGGAACUUCCGGAAUCUGAAUGGAGGUUGUUGCAUAGGAAUUACAGCCGGUUACGGGGGAAGAUGUGA